GCCACUUUUUAAUAUUUGGGAGAAAAAGAGAGGGCGCCAAUCGACUGAUUAAAUUUUAUUACUCGUCGGGGAGUCGCUAACCGGUGGCCGUGCCCAACCAAGUACCCUUUCUUGCUUGAGAGUGAGAGUGAUAGUCACAGAUCCAGGUUGGUUUGUUUUGGGCGAAUCAAUGGAUUGGAGUUUCGUUCGUAAAGCUUGGGAAAAGUGGGCCUCUCUCAAUGUUGCCUCAUCCUCCUCCCCCUCUUCUUCAGCCCACCCACCACUCAAAGCUGCUUUUUUGAUCAACUAUGACCCAACAGGGCCCUCGCGCUUGUUGUCUAUCAUCGCAGAACAAGAAGGAAUCAAAGUAAAUCCCAUUCACUUGACCCACUUCUUGGAUUUCAUCAAACGUGACAAACUCCACACCGAGACCUUCACUAUUGCCCAUAAUCAAUAUGUUGUGACAUCAAUUCAUGAGAGUUGGUUCUGUGGAAGGUGCGUGAACACAUCAAAGCCUGCUGGUGAAGGUGCUAUCGUUAUGCAAACGGCAGCGUUUAUCUUGGUUGCACUGUAUGAUGGUUCUAUGGGAUCCGCAUCUCGUGCCAUGGUAGCUGUUGAUCAAUUUGUGGGACAAUUAGGUCGAAGAAAUCUAUAAUUAGGUAGGCACUAGUUUCUUGCUGACAAUACAUGUCUUGUGGGAUGUUUUUUCUCAAUGACUCUAAAUGGGACUGGUGCUCCUCAUUUUGCUCUUUAAGUCUUUGUAUUAUUGAUUGAUUAUUUAACAUGCAUUUUUUUUUAGCUA